UACUGGAUGCAUUUCAGUUGGGAUCCAUGAAGAUUGAUUGCCCGCUAAUAUGCCCAAUGUGCCUCCUGCAAUAUGAUGAGAGGCUAUUCCUCCUGGAACAAAAGGAUCAAAACCUUCCACACCCCACGCUGGACUUACAGGUUGUACCUUUCUAGUUAGUCCAUAAGGAUCGAACGGCAGUUGUCAUAACUCAAAAUUUUUAAAUUGAAAUUUUUAUUUUAGUUUUUAUCUUAAUUAAUAUGUUUGGGUUUUACUUUCAUUGUUAGGUAAUUUUUUUAUCAAAGAAGAUUUUUGGGAAAGGCAAUGAGGGAGAGGGUUGGAGCUUGAUCCCCUGGGUGGGAUCCCUCCCAUGAUUCUGAUUUGUUUUCUUCAAAGAUUUUUGUCGUAUUUGUUUUAACUUCUUUAGGUUUGACAUGCUAGAAUUGUAUUAGGUGAUGAUAUUGUGAAUGAAAUCAAGGUUGAAUU